AUGGCAAAGUUGAUAGUGUAUCUUGCUUUCGUCAUCUGUUGCGGGGGUAUGCGGCUGCAAAAUAUGGAAGCAAUGGCAGCAGGAAUAGUCGCUGAUGUUAUCACAGAUUAUAAAGCUGAAAAUUUGUGGGAUGAUGACUUACUAAUGGCGACAAAACAAGUAGAGGAAUCAACACUGACGAAUUGUGACACAAUGAAAGAUGGAAGAUUAUUUGUUUUGGAAGAAAAACCGUUGUUAUUGAUGACAAAUACUGUUAACUUGAUGAAAUGGAAUUAG